AUAACAUAGAUAAUAUUAUUAACUAUUUAUUAUUAAGAAUUUAAUAUUUUUGAUAUUUCAAUUGGAAUUGGAAACCUAUUAGAAUAUGUUUAUGAUGGAAAAUUGAAAACUAAAUUGACCUCUUAAUACUUGUAGAUCCACCUUGAGUAAUAGUGAUUACUGACUAGUGAGUAAUCUACUAAUAUAAAUAUAAUAUAUAAAUUAUUGUGUUAUGAAUGUUAAAACAAAAAAACUUCAACAAGAUGCAUUAUAAACUAAUAUGCUUAUUUUGUUCAGUGUUAAGUGGUAUUUACUGUUCUGAUACAAGUUAUGAUUCAAUAUCUGACGUUUAUUUAGAACAUGAGUUGAUUCCCAAUGCUGGUUUCACCAAACGCAGUUCUAUUCUUGUCAAUUUGGAGUCUAGGAACGAUGUUGUAUCUACUACUACUAUUAAUGAUUCAGACAUACAAUUAUUAAAACAAUUAGCAUCUAAAAAUGAACUAUACAGAUUAAAAGUCACCGUUAGAACAUUGUCUGGCAAAGAAACACGUUUUCUCACUUUUACUAGGGCAUGCCUUAUAGUUGGAUCUAAAUUAAAUGAUAUUUUAACACUACAUUUGGAUCAUUUAGACUCUCCAUUUGCGGUUAACUUAGCUACUACGUCUAACAACUGCAACAGCAAUGAAUUGGACACAAGUAACUUUACAACUACAGUAUUUUUCAGAAGACCAGAAAGCAGUCCAGUACCCGAUACUGCAACUUAUAUUCAGAAGAUGGAACGUGAGCGUGAUGCCAGGGAAAAAGGUAAAUCAAGCAAUAACAAAUCAAUGCUCGGAAAAUAUUGGAUGUAUAUAUUACCAUUAGUCAUAUUUAUGAUGAUUGCUGGUGCAUCAAACCCAGAAGCAAGACAGUAAAUCGAAAAAUGUACUUCUAAGUUGUAUUUAUUCUAUUUUGUUCUUUCAUCAACUAAUGGGACUAUCCUGUUAGUGUCUUUAUAUUAAAUAAUGUAAGUUUCAUAAUAUGUACAUUAAGUGAUAUUAUUGAUUAAAUUACAAUAUACGGUUUAAAAAUUAAUAAAUUGUCAAGUAUAAUAACUAAAAAAUAAUAAA